AGCCCCGAGCCCCGAGCGGGCCCCGGGACCCCUGUGCGGACCCCCCCGGCCAUGGAGUCGCUGGCCCUGUACAGCUUCCAGGCGACGGAGGAGGACGAGCUGCCCUUCCACAAAGGGGACACGCUGAAGAUCCUCAACAUGGAGGAUGAUCAGAACUGGUACAAGGCUGAGCUGUUCGGCCGCGAGGGCUUUGUCCCCAAAAACUACAUCAAGGUCAAGCCACACCCGUGGUACGCGGGCAGGAUGUCCCGGCAGCUGGCAGAGGAGCGGCUGCUGCAGCGCGAUCACCUGGGAGCCUUCCUGAUCCGCGACAGCGAGAGCGCCCCGGGCGAGUUCUCCCUCUCCGUCAGCUACGGGAAGCACGUCCAGCACUUCAAGGUGCUCAGGGAGAGGAACGGCAAAUAUUUCCUCUGGGAGGAAAAGUUCAACUCCCUCAACAAGCUGGUGGAUUUCUACAGGAUGACCACGAUCUCCAAAGAGCAGCAGGUUUUCCUGUGGGACGAGGAGCAGGCCCAGGAGCAGGCAUCCCAAGGCUCAUGCUCAUCCCGUGGUGGCACAGUGUCCCCACCAGGACCCUGGCAGUGCUGCCCAGUGCCAGGGGCUGGCAGGUGGGGACCCCUCUCCUCCCACCAACCCCAGCCCUCGGCUUCCCUGCCGGUGAAGAGACCCCGAUUCGUGCAAGCCCAGUUCGACUUCUCAGCCCAGGAGGGCUCCCAGCUGCCCUUCCUCCGUGGGGACAUCAUUGAGGUCCUGGGCUGCCCCGACCCCAACUGGUGGCAGGGGAAGAUCUACGGCCGUGUCGGGCUCUUCCCACGGAGCUACGUCCACCCCAUCCACAUGUGACCUUCGAGUGACCAUGCAGAAUGACCUUUGUGUGACCAUCCACAGGUGACCUUUGAGUGACCAUCCACAAGUGACCUUUGAGUGACCAUCCACAGGUGACCCUCACCACGCCGCCGCUGACCAGGCAGGACCUGGCCCCGCUGUCCCCCCUCACCAGAGCUGCCCACACAGCCUGAGUGUCCCUUUGUCCCCAGGAUGGUGCCUGGUCCUUGUCCCCCUGGUGCGUGACCCCCAGCCCAGGGAUGGGGCUGGCAGCACUGCCAGUGUGCCACAACCAUGGCCAUAAAAACUUUUCCAGAGGCAAAAUCCAGUGGGGUGACAGCAACAGAGGGAGGGAGCCCAAACCCCCAAACCCUGAAUCCUCUCCCAACCCUGAAUCCUCUCCCAACCCCAUAAGCAAAGCCCCAGCUCCAGGGAGGGCUGCAGGCAGGCAGGACACAACCAGAACCCACAACUCCACGGAGGAAUUCCAGGACUCAGGGAACCAGGGAAGGCUGAUCCACAGGGAUUCCAUCCUGUGGGUGCUGUUCAUAGCUGUGAAUUGUGGUGCUUUUUUAUAUUAUUUUUAUUUAGGGCCAGUAAAAUGUGUUUGGGUGUUGCCCCUGAGAGUGGCCGCUCCUUUCCCAGCACUGCCAGGGUGAUCCCAUCCCUCCAUUCAUGCCAGUGCUGCUUCCCUGCAGUUUUACUUCCCUGCAUCCCCCACUUCCCCACCCCAGUGCCUGUCCCAAACCCCCUCCAGGGAUUUUCUGCCCCCACAAAUGCCCCCCACACCUCACACCCCCUGGGAUGCACUCAGGGAAUGCA